CCUGAACUCAGAUCCUCUGGCGAGACGCGUCUCUGCCCGAGCAGCCAUGAGUGUCCCGCGCUACCCCGUUGACGUGAGACUUAUCGGAGUAAUGCACAAGAACGGGAGUAAUAUGUUCAUGACUUCGGUGUUUUGGUCAGAUCAGAGUGACAUCGUUGUGUACCGGUCGUUCGGGGAAUUCAGAAAACUGCAUAAACAACUUAAAAAGAAGUUUCCUCCAGAAAACAUGAUUCGCAAGUCGGACAGUGUACUUCCCAAAUUCAAAGCGAGACACUUGAAGACCUUGUUCCAGGCGAAGGGUCCCGGCCGGUCCGUGAUCCGGCUCAAGUGCGUGGAGAAGUACUGCGGGGAGCUGCUCAGAUGCGAUCCCGAGAUCUCGCAGAGCGCCGAAGUGAUCAGGUUCUUCCUGCCGCAGAGCCAGGACCUGCAGCCGGAGUUUCCCAAGAACAGCUUUGUGAUCAUGCCCCCGGAGGACCCGGAGGACAGCCCGAGGGCUGGCGUGGACGGCAAGCGCAUGAGCGAGGGCAACGUGACCCACCCCUUCGUCACGGAGACGUACCAGUGCGUGGCCCCCUACGAGACCAAGGACACCAAGAACCAGCCCUUCCGGGUGGCCGUGGAUGAGGUGGUGGAUGUGCUCAUCAAGGACCCCGCGGGCUGGUGGCUGGUGGAGAACGAGGACAAGCAGCUGGCUUGGUUCCCGGCGCCCUACCUGAGGAGGAACGAGGACGAGGGAGAGGAGGAGCUGCUGGACGCACAUGAGGAAGGUGGGCUGUACUGCGCAGUACGAACAUUUGAAGCCAAAAACGCAGACGAGCUGUCGGUGAACAUCGGCUCCGUGGUGCAGGUGAUACAGACCUCGGACGACGGCUGGUGGCUGAGCAGCUACAAGGGCAGAGCUGGUUACGUCCCAUCCAUGUACCUGCAGCCCUACAGGAGCCCCCCGCUGGGGUUCCGGAGCCUGGCGCCGGCGCACAGGCAGGGGCUCAGCCGGUCCCAGGAGCUCCUGCGGCCGGCCCAGUCCGCGGCCGCGGUGCCUCCGAUGGGGACAGCGGACAGGAAGAAGUGGUGCUCUCUGGACGUGCUGUCUGACCCCAGGCCCGGCCCUGUCCCCACCAUCACCGUGGAGGCGGAGCGGGAAGAGCCGGGGAGCCGGAAGGACAGCCUGAGCGGGGACAGCGAGCUCGGCUGCAGCAGCGAGUCCUUCUCCUCGAGCAGCGAGUUCCUGGGGGCCAGCCUGUCGGACGCGCCGGGGCCGCUGGGCCGGAGCCGCACUCCCCAAGCCCUGGUGGCGGACCGGCAGAGUCCCGACAGCGGCGCCCCCGAGCAGAGCCUCUCCUCCAGCAGCUCCGAGCCCAACCUCUACAAGCCUCCCUCCGCCCCCAGGGUGCCCCCCCGGCCGAAAGCGCAGGAGAUCCUCACUCGUUGCACCACCAUUACCUGCAAAGCCGCGCUGGCGUCCAAGUGCCGCCUGUCCCCGGAGACGGAGGAGAUUCAGACUCGCUAGGUGGGGAUCAGGCGCCCCUCCUGGCGGUCUAAUCCGGUCUCCUCACUGCCUUGUUUGUCCCCGAGCCGAUGAAGGUUUCUUUUUGUUUACACGUCCAUUAAAAACGCAGUGUAUGAUUCUGUGGCAUGUGUUUCUCGAAAACAAAUCCAGGAACGUUGCAGCAUAAAAAUUGCAAGGAAGAGUAGUAGAAUUGUAUCUACUUAACAUCCCCUCUUGUGUGGGUUCCACGGCAGGUCUGGGUAUCUUGUGCUAAGAAAGUUCUCGAUCUAGUUCUUGGGAAAGGGACUUUAGUUAUAUCUGUUUUAAUGGCUGUGUCCUAAUUUCAGAAUCCCUUAUUCUCUCUUCCUAAUUCUUAGAAGUAUCCAUACUGUAUAUUCCAUACUGGAAAAAGCUACUGUGCCUUGUAUCCAUAAUGUUUUUUUAUCUUUGGUUGGGUGUCAUUUUAAUACUAUCAUUAAAUAGAAUGUUCAUAUCGCAUAAGUAUUGAAUUGUUCUUCGGAAAACUGAAAAAUAAAGAUCUUCUGAGUAUAAAAUUA